AUGAAGUUGGAUGAUGCAUUGUGGGCAUAUAGCACUGCAUAUAAAACUCCCAUUGGAAUAACACCCUUCUGCCUGGUUUAUGGAAAAUCCUGCCACCUCCCUAUCGAACUUGAACACAAGGCCUAUUGGGCAAUCCAGACCCUAAAUUUUGACUUAAAGGCUGCUGGUGAAAAAAGGCUUCUACAGCUCAAUGAGCUAGAAGAAAUCAGGCAAGAUACCUAUGAGAAUGCUAGGAUCUUCAAGUAUAAGACCAAAAGAUGGCAUGACAGACGCAUAUCAAGGAAAGAGAUCAAAGAGGGAGACCUUGUCCUACUGUUCAAUUCCAGAUUAAAACUCUUCCCAGGGAAGUUGAGGUCAAGAUGGUCCGGACCCUUUAAGGUUACUCAAGUCUUCUCACAUGGAGCAGUAGAAGCAUGGAGUGAAACCUCCGGUGCCUUCAAGGUUAAUGGGCAGUGA